AUGAAUAAAUUAUUAUUUUUAACUAUUGCAGUAUUGCUAUUAUGUAUUACUUUUGCUAAUUCAGUUAGAUCUGAAAGUGAUACUAUAACUGAAGUAGACACAACCAAUUCAACUGGAAAUACAAAUACUACAGAUUCAAAUACAGGUGGUGGAUCAAAUAGUAGUACUUCAACAACUACCGAUGGAUCAACUACAGGAAGUUCAAACUCAACAACCUCGACAACUGGUAGCUCUAACUCGACCACCACCACCACCACCACCACAACAACCACCACUACCACUGGUUCAGCAACUACUACUGGAACAGGUGCUGUAUCUUCAAACACAUCCACCGCCACUGGAAAUCCAACAACAAGAACAUCAUCUUCCUCCUCCAAACUAAUAGGAAAUGCUUUGAUUGUUACAUUAUUAUCAUUAUCAAUCAAACUAUUAUUGUAA